AUGAGUUAUUUGACUAAAACGGUAGUGUUUGCGCUGUUGGUCGCACAUGGGUUGGGAAAGGCGCUCGACAACCCAAUCAUUGCCGGGUAUCCCUGUCCUCAGGAGGAUAUUGAUAACACUCUUUGUCGGGGUCCCAAAGACUGCUUAUAUCCCAAUCCCAGAGAUUGCAGUCGUUUUAUACAAUGUAAUGACGCGGGACUGGCGUAUGACAUGCCCUGCGCUCCGGGAGGUCUGCACUGGAAUGACGCUACAAAGGAGUGCGAUUGGCCUGCAAACGCCAAUUGUGUGGUAACGCCAACCACACCCGAGCCCACACCCGAGCCCACAACACCUGAACCAACUACUGAAGAGCCUACGACUACUGAAGAGCCUACGACUCCAGAGCCUACGACUGAAGAGCCUACGACUACUGAAGAGCCUACGACUCCAGAGCCUACACCAGAGCCCACAACACCAUUACCCGGUUUCGUGUGCUCUGUCGAUGAUAUCGCGAACACCCAAUGCAUGGGCCCUAAAGACUGUCUAUACCCUCACCCAACAGACUGUAAUAAAUUCAUUCACUGCGAGGUUAACGCUGACGGACAGACCGGUAGACCGACAGUGAAGGACUGUCCCGCAGACCUGGAGUGGAACGACAUCAAGAAAGUGUGUGAUUGGCCCGUAAACUCUACCUGUCCUAAUAAGCCAACUGUAGCCCCAACUGAAGCCCCAACUGAAACCCCAACUGUAGCCCCAACUGAAGCCCCAACUGAAACCCCAACUGAAGCCCCAACUGAAGCCCCAACACCGGCUCCAACCACAUCCAGACCUCCUUUCCAGUGCCCCCGAGAGGACAUCGUAAACACGCUGUGUAGGGGACCCAAAGACUGUCUCUACACUAACCCCGAGAACUGCAAUACUUUCAUUCAGUGUACUGUCAAUCCGGGCAAUCAAUCGGGAACUCCGGUUGUGAUGCCCUGUCCCGCAGACCUCAAGUGGAACGACAACGAGAAAAUAUGUGAUUGGCCCGCAAACGCCACAUGCCAAUAA